GCGCUUCGUUAGGACUUUUGCUGAUGGUGAGUUGAAUUGUUCUCCAGGAAAACUUGAAUUUCCCCAGUGAAAAUAGCGUGAAUCAGCUGAUAAACACCUUAAGACACAUUUUUGGGGACUCAAGCAGAGCUUUCAGUGCUGAAAAAAUGGAUCCUUCGCAAAUGACGCAACAGCUGCGAGACAUCUUCCCGGAUCUUGACGCGGAGCUGGCUGAAGUGCGAGCAGAGGCGGCAAGGGUGACUGCUGAGAAAGAGAAGAAGUACAAGGUGUUCCUAGAGCAGGCAGCUCUGAACACGAAGCUUAUGCUGACGAUUAGGGAAAUUGAGAAGCGGCAGAAGAUAUAUGAGAGCUAUGUCACGAAUAUCUGCGAGUUACACAGCAAGGUUCAGUCUGAAGUGCAACUCACGAAGCGCUGCAAUGACGCAAAAAUGGCUGAAUUGCGCGACAGAGAGCGGAAGAUGGCCAAAGCCACAGCGUGCGAGAUCAGGAUUAAGACAGCUGACCAGGCGCUGAAGAUGAAUUUUGCCGACGUGAAGCAGCUGGAGGAAAGGGUGGAGCGAGUGAAGGAGCGGCUUGUGAAGAAGUACGCAUUCUACGCUGCUGGAGUUGCCAAAAUUCCGGAACUCGAGCGAGAAUUGACUUCGCUGAGGGAAGAGGCGAUGAACAUGAGGAACGUGUACCAGUCAAAGGAUCAGGAAUCGCGUGAAUUGAGGGACAAAAUAGCUGCAAAGAUCGCAGAAAUUGACGAGUUGCAGACGAAAAUGGAGAACGAAGAGGAGAAGGUUGAUCAACUGAAGCAGGAAAUGAAGGAGAGUUCUGACGCCAUCUCGAGUGAGAAGAAGCGCAUCGAUGACUUCUACGCUUGCCAGCAAGCGCACUGCUCAAAGUACGUUGAGGGAAUUGAUGAGUUUAAGCAGAAGAAGAUCAAGAAUGACGAACUGCAAAAGUUGCUGGACGAGAAGGAGCAGAUGUAUUUGGACACGAAGGCGGAAUUGUGUGAGAAGAAUGAGCGACUGAACGACUUGUUGGCGGAAAAGGAGAAGAAUGUGCAGAAAUUGCAGGAGGAGCGAGAUAACAUCGUUCAGCGCUGUGAUGAACUUAAGCAGACUUUGAAGGAUCAGGAUAAACUCGAUAAGCAUAUCGAGGAACUCAAGGAGCAAGUCCGUGCCAGGCAGGAAAAUCAGAAUGACUCCUUUUUGCCACAAUCGCCGAACUCUGACGAUUCCUUCAAUUCUUCUGACACUGUCAUGAAUUGGAUGAGAAGCAUCGGAUCGCCAGAAUCGAUCCUGAAGACGACUUUCAAUUCUGGUUCGCCGAUCACGCCUUUGCGCAGGAUGUCAACUGAAACAGUUGCCACAGUUGAGGAGGAAGAAGGCAACACCUCAGUUUGCGAGGUCAGUUCUUCUUAUCAGAACGAUGAGGCUAUUUAAAUCCUCCCUCAAGUUCUUCUUUACUGCUCCAAUUCGUCCAAUUCCACGAAGGACGGGACAGAAUUGCGAAACCAUUUGCAAUAGCAGUAGAGAAAGUAGCCUAAAAUGUAGAUUUAAGGACCCUAGAGAUGAAUUAUCCAGUGAAUUUGAAUUUGAAAUACUCACCAUGAAAGAUGAAGAGCUUAGAGAGUCUGAUUUGGAGAGGCGCAGAGAAGUUUUCCACAAUGAAUUUUCUAAUUACAACAUCAAUCUAAAAACAAUUGAAGUCAUCAAGAGUGCGUGAAAGACGGUGAAAAAGAGGAUUCUGCCAAAUUUGAUGUUGACAC